UGUCGCAUUCUCGUGCGCACUCGCGUGUUUGUGAUGAGGAGGCGGGAAAUGGCGUCCUCAGACAUGGCGGAUUUGUGACUGGCUGUCGACAGCGACGGACGCCGCAGCUUGCAGAACAAGCACGGUCCGACCUCUGUCGGAGCGGGUGGGCGUCACGGGUCCGGCGGCGAGCUGAAAAGGCCACGGGACGUUUAGAAGCGUUUCCUCCAUUUACUAUUCUUCUAUGUGAUGCCAGAGAAUGAUGCGGCUGAGAGCCCGUAAAGCUCCUCAGCAGCCAACCAUAGGCCGUCGAGUCCACACGUCUCAGGCCAAAAGGAAACACUGUGCAGUGGAAGUGUCCCAACUGAGAGGUCGAGGCAAAAUGCAGAAGAAUGAAAUGGGUCUCGUCUCUACCAUAAAGAAAUUUAUUCGAGGGAAUGCUGUCAAGGUAGAGCCAGAUAUUCCUACCAAGAGGAGUCGCAUUGAUUGUAGCUCUGAAAGCGAUCUGAUUUCUUCAACACCACAAACAAGAGGCCUUGCCAACAAGUCAGUCUCUAGAGUUUGCCGAAAGAGUCCAGUCAAAGAUACAAUGACUUGCAACACCAAACCCUUAAAGCCAAACUGCAAGCUAGAAGCUCCAGUUGAGGCAGCAAGCAGUCCACCGCGCACCACACUGCUGGGAACCAUCUUUUCUCCAGUCUUCAACUUUUUCUCACCAGCAACCAAAACUGCCACUCCUGGUUCGGACUCUCCUGGUCAAGCGAUGGAGGCAGAGGAGAUCAUGAAGCAACUAGACAUCGAGCAGGCAGAGGAAAUGCCAAGCAGCACGCUCACGUACUCCGAGGGCAUUCACGCUUGUCAUGGCGCCCCCAUGUUUCCACAGAGACUGCAGAUGGCUUCCGACUCCACUAUAGAGGAUGCUGAGAUUGUCACUGAAACUGACAUGCCCCCAUUAACAGCUCCUGGUUGUUUGCCAGAUGGCAGCUAUCCAAACUCUUUACCCUCGGCCCCUGCAGAGCCGUCCUAUGAGGAAGACUGGGAGGUGUUUGAUCCGUACUUCUUCAUCAAGCAUGUGCCGCCUUUGACAGAAGAGCAGCUGACACGCAAACCAGCGUUACCUUUGAAAACCCGCAGCACGCCAGAGUUUUCUCUUGUCCUAGAUUUGGAUGAAACUCUGGUCCACUGCAGUUUGAAUGAGCUGGAAGAUGCCGCACUGACGUUUCCUGUGCUCUUCCAGGACGUAAUAUACCAGGUGUAUGUGCGAUUGAGGCCCUUUUUUCGAGAGUUUCUUGAGCGCAUGUCUCAAAUGUACGAGAUUAUCCUCUUUACGGCAUCCAAGAAGGUGUAUGCUGACAAGUUGCUCAACAUCUUGGACCCAAAAAAGCAACUGGUCAGACACCGUCUCUUUCGUGAGCAUUGUGUGUGCGUUCAAGGAAAUUAUAUCAAAGACCUCAACAUUUUGGGACGAGAUCUUUCUAAGACGAUAAUCAUCGACAACUCCCCACAAGCCUUCGCCUAUCAGCUCUCCAAUGGGAUCCCAAUCGAGAGUUGGUUUGUGGAUAGGAAUGACAGCGAGCUUCUCAAGCUGGUUCCUUUCCUGGAGAAGCUGGUGGAGCUGAAUGAAGACGUCAGACCACACAUCAGAGAGCGCUUUCGUUUGCACGACCUCUUGCCGUCAGACUGAGCGUGCAGAGCCCGCCGAUGGAUCAGUGUUGGAAAACACAAGACCCCUCACUCUCGCAGAAGGAUGUAUUCAAUGGAUUGCUACACAAACUUCACAUUGACAUUCUUGUUUUUCAUGUCAAAUGAGACGUUUUCAUGCAGAAACGCUCAGACUUGAUUGAACACGGCCUCUGUGAAGGUGUUUUGUCGAGCAUUUUGGAUGGACAAAACUGAAUGUGUUGUUCUCUGGAACAUUUCCCACAAUGGCCAGUCAAACCUGUGUUAUUAUUGUUAUGAUUAUGAUGAUUAUUAUGAUUAUUAUUAGUGACUAUCUGCUUGUAAAUAUAUGUACAGAUUGUUUUUUUUCUCCUUUGUAAGAUUUUUAAGUCAUGUUUUUGGGGAUUUUAGUAUGAAUUAUUUGUUUGCUUUUUUUAAAGAAAGGAAUAUGUUAGUGUGUUUUGUUUGCAGUAUGCCUGCUUUAUUCCUGUGAUGCUUUCCUCCAUUACAUGCAGUUGUCUGUAAUAAGGUGCCGUAACAAAAAAAACAAUAUUUGAAGGUUCUGUCAUGUACGCUAGAAUAGACUAAAUGAAUACAAAGCCAACCGCGCUCAUCCAUGACGGUCAGGAUGAUGAGGGGGGGGCUUCAGGCAUCUUGCACAUUGACAUGCUGCCCUUUUGGAAGAUUAUGUCAAACCCCGUCACUUUUCUACAUUGUCACCUCAAGUUUGCGGAGGGAAAACAAGACCUUGUAGCACCAGCCAUUGCUUUGGAUUCCUGGUUUCUGACACGUCACGUUUGUGGGAUCUUUUCUGAUGUUACAAGUUUUCUGGACUAUUGAAUGAUCAAUCCUGUUGUAUUCAGUGUUAUUCAAUGGUUUCCUUGAAAAUAAAUCAUUUUGAUAAGA